AUGCAGCAGCAGCUGCUCAAGAGUCAGCAGCAGCAGCAGCAGCAGCAGCAGGAAGCGUACGAAGCAGCUCACCCAGGCCCCGAGGACCGCCAGGCUGCCCAGCUGCGCCAGCAGGAGCAGCAGCAGCAGCAGCAGCAGCUUCAGCACCACCAGCAGCACUGGCAGCAGCUGCAGCUCCAACAACUCCAGGAGCAGCAGCAGCAGCAGCAGCAGCAGGUCAGCAUUUUGCUUCCGCAGCCCCUGCAGAGCGGGCCUGUCCUUCAGCUGCAGCAGCAGCAGCAGCAGCAGCAGCAGCAGCAGCGUUACUGCCUCAACCGCUUAAGUGGCUUGGAAGCAGCAAACGCCAGGUACGGCCUUUUCUGCACAGGCGCUGCUGCAGCAGCAGUCGGUGACCCCGCAGCAGCAGCAGCAGCAGCAGCAGCAGGUGCAGCAGCAGCAGAAACUCUGUCCCCCCCAACAGCAACAACGCACUACAGCAGCACGCAGCAGCACCCUGCAGCAGAAGACCUGGAGGGGGCCUUUACUCCCCUAGCAGAGUCUGUGGGAUCGUCUCCUCCCAGCCAGCAGCAGCAGCAGCAGCAGCAGCAGCUGCUUCUGCAUGCAGCAGCAGCUCCCGAGCUUGACGCGGACGGGAAGAACACGAGUCUUCGGACCCUCCGGAUUUGUCAGCAGCUCCAGCUGCUGCAGCAGCAGCAGCAGCAGCAGUUCCGGAGGAGCGUGACGCACCACCCGCAGCUGCAGCAGCUGCAGCAGCUGCAGCAGCACCUGCUGCACCGCGCAGCUGUCGAGCGGUCCCCGCUGCUGCUGCAGCACCAGAAGUUGGGAAUUGAUUCCGAGAGUCUCUUUUCCCCCUGCGCCAUUGACGGCACUCCCCGAUCGCUCCAGCAGCAGCAGCAGCAGCAGCAGCAGCAGCAGCGGCUGCAGCACAAGCGUCAGAAUAGCUGCGAGCACAUCAGUGUGGCUCAGCAGCAGCAGCUGCAGCAGCAGCAUCAGCAGCAUCAGCAGCAGCAGCAGCAGCUGGAAGCUUACGCUUCGGCUGCGCGCCCGCGUGCACUCGCGCCAGCGUCCCCAGCAGCAGGGGCAGCAGCAGCACUAGCCGCAGCAGCAGCAGCAGCAGCAGCAGCAGCUGCUGCAGAGCAGCAGGACCGCAUGGGCUGCCGUCAGUCAAGUGGGCGUCCUUCGAGGGUCUCUUCGCCUCCGAGCCGGCCGGAUGUGGCGGCAGCAGCAGCAGCAGCGCAGCAGCAGGCUGCUGCGCAGCAGGCUGCUGCGCAGCACGCGAAGCAACAGCAGCAGCAGCAGCAGCAGCAGCAGCAGCAGCAGCAGCAGCAGCACAUAGGGUCCCGCCUGUGGCGCGGGGCCUCCGCUCCGAGCGGCGUGAGCGGCGGCGCUGCAGCGGGCUGCGCGCCCGCGCUGCCUGCGCCUGCUGCUGCUGCUGCUGCUGCUGCUGCGCAGCAGGCCCCCGCUGCCGCUGCUGCUGCUGCUGCUGCUGCUGCUGCUGCUGCGCAGCAGCAGCAAAGCCCGUACGUGGUGGUGCACCAGCUGCUGCCGUACUCGCCGCAAGGAGAGAAGGACUGCUUCUCCUCCUGCCGGUGGCAAAACCCGCGGCGCAGCAGCUGGGGAGACACUUCGACUUUGCUGCUGCAGCAGCCGCUGGGCAGCGGGGCCAUGGGCCAUGUCUUUCUGGUGGACUUGGGGGGGACUCCUUGUGCUUUGAAGCUCGCGCUGCAGUCGGAUGCUGCUGCAUGCAUGUAUUUGCGGCAGGGUUGGGAGAACUUGGUGCGGCUGGAGUGCCUGCAUGCGCAGCAGCAGCUGCGCCGCAGGCAGCAGCAGCAAGCAGCAGCAGCAGCAGCGGCGGCGCCGCAGCAGCAGCAGCAGCAGACGCCGCCCGCGGGCGGCGCCCGCGGCGCCGCGCCGCUCAGCAGCAGCAACAGCAACAACGAGCGCUACUUCUGCCGCCCGCUCUGCUACCUGGAGGGCGACUGGUACUCCUUCCCGCAGCAGCAGCAGCAGCAGCAGCAGCAGCAGCAGCAGCAGCAGCAGCAGCAGGCGCGGCGCAGCAAAGUCUGCGGGUACGUGAUGGAACACGUCCCCGACGCCUGCCAACUCACUGUCCUCGCGUGGCACUUCCACCGCAGCAUAGAUCCUUUGGGGACUUUGCGGAAGCAGCAAAAGUCCUUAGCAGCGCAGCGGCUGCUGCACCUUUGCUGCGAAGUCACCAAAGCUUUUGGCUUCGUAGCAGCAGAAGCAAACCUCUUUGCCUUCGACUUCAACCCCAAGAACGUCCUCGUCUCGGUCCAGCUGCCGCCCGAGCAGCAGCAGCAGCAGCAGCAGCAGCAGCGCAGCAGCAGCAGCAGCAGCAGCAGCAGCAGCAGCAGCAGGCAGCAGCAGAGCGCGGUGGAGCUGGCGCAGCUGGCGUUCCUGCACCCGCGGGCGCGGGUGCGCGUGGUGGCCAUCGACCUGGACUGCUCGCUGGCGCCGCCGUUCUCUGCUGCUGCUGCUGCUGCUGCUGCUGCUGCUGCUGCUGACCCGCUGCUGCUGCACUGGGGCUGCGGCCGCCGCGUAGUCUACUCCUGCCCCCACUUGCCUUCGCUGCUUGCUGCUUAUAUUUUGGCUGUCUUGGCGAAGAGCCGCAAACUCUCUCAGUUUCUGCGGGCGGGUUUGCGGGAGGGCGCAGCACAUGCUGCGCUGCUGCGGCGGCUGCGGGACCCCGCCAACUUCCUGCACUACUGCCAGCAGCAGCAGCAGCAGCAGCAGCAGCAGCAGCAGCAGCAGCAGCAAGGGGGGCUGCUGCUGAAGGCGGCGGGGGGGGCGGUUUCGCCGUGCUGCACCACUGCGGCGAACUCCACGCCCAGCAGCAGCAGGGCGCCCGCGUCGGCGGAGGCGGGGCCGCCGGCUGCUGCUGCUGCUGCAGCAGCAGCAGCAGCAGCAGCAGCAGCAGCAGCAGCAGCGGCACUCAGCUACCCCCCGAAAGAAGACCUUUUCCUCUACCCGCAACACAAACUCCCCAAAGAUGUCCCCCUCAAAGACCACUGCAAGUACGGAGUGAGACUCAGCAGCAGCCACCCGCUGCUGCAGCUGCUGGCCUUCGUGCUGUGUGAUGUCUUGGACGCAAGAAGCCUGCAUAACAUCUUCCUGCAGCAGCACCCGUUGCUGCUGCAGCAGCUGCUGCUGCCCACUGACGUGAACAAGUUGUUUUGCGAAAAGUCGCAGAUCAUUAGCUGCCUGUGUUUCUCCGCGCUCACGCGGCUGCAGAGCAACGCCGUGGCGCACCCUGCUGCUGCUGCUGCUGCUGCUGCUGCUGCUGCGGCUGCCGAGGCCGCCGCCGACGCUGCUGCUGCUGCUGCUGCUGCUGCUGCUGCCGCCGCCGCGCCCGCCGCCAGCGGCAACGCCGACUCCCGCCUGCAGCAGCAGCAGCAGGCGGCAGCAGCCACUGCUGCUGCCACCGCUGCUGCUACUGCUGCUGCCACUGCUGCAGCUACUGCUGCUGCCACCGCCCAGGCAACUGCUGCAGCAACCGGCGCCCCCCGCUGCUGCCUGCCGCGCCCGGACGCGCUGCAGCCCCACUGCAGCCCCGGGGGAACCCACCAGCAGCAGCAGCAGCAGCAGCAGCAGCAGCAGUUGCUGCUGCAGCUGCAGCAAGCCGACCGCCGCUUCGUCGUGGGCUGCAGCAGCAAACGCAGGUCCACCGGCCGCCCCGCAGAAGACGCCUACUUGGCAGCUCCUUACGACGCAGCUGCUCCGAAUGCUGCUGCUGCAGUAGCUGCGAACGUCGCAGCAUCAGCAGCAGCAACAGCAGCAGCAGCAGCACGCCCCGGAGGCAUUGCUGCGCUCUCCAUCUGGGAACGCCUCGAGCUGCUGCCAGCACUCACUCCCGCACAGUUCCUCCCACCCCCAGACUUGCUGGGAGCAGCAGCAGCAGCAGAGUUUGCUGCGCUGCGCUCGCUGCUGCUGCAGCUGCUGGACCCCCUGCCUGUCUAUACACCCCAGCUGGGGCCCCCCAGAGAGGCCUAUGCCACGCUGUCGGCUGCAAUCGCGAGAGUUCUUAGCCGGCUUGAAAGUGACUGA